CCGCGGGGCUCUGCGGGACGUUGCGGGGCCGGGCUCCGCGCCGCCGAUGCCGUCGGGCGGGCUGGCGGCCACCGCGGCGCCCCGGACCCGCGGGCGCGGUGACAGCGCCGGGAAGGGCUGCGGCAGCGCGGCGGGCGCGGGCGGCUGCGGGCUCGGCCCGUGGCAUGCCCGGUGCCGCUAUUCCCGUUCGUGCCCAGCGCUCCACGGCCCCCGCUGGCUCCAUUUCUUACCGAAUGCCUGUCCUUUCGGCUGUCCGCGCUGCUUAUGUCCUUUCUUUCUGCUGUUCCUAUUUCUUUCUCUCUUUUCCUCUGCUUUUCCUUUCUUCCCUUCCCUCCUCUGCCUGUGUUAUCGUUUUUCUUUCUUUCUCUCCUUCCGUGUUUCGGUUAGUCUUUUUAAAAAAUUUCUCUUUCCGUUUUUAUUUCUUUCUUUCUCUUUCUGUUCGUCUGGUUUUGUUUGGUUCUAUUUCUCUUUCUGUCUUUUUGAUUUCUUGUCUCUUACUGUUUUCAUUUGUCCAUGUUCUCGUUUUAACUGUCUCUUUGCGGUUUUUUUUUCACUGUUUUUUCCUCUUUCUGUCAUUUCUUUUUUUUCUUUCUUUAUUUUUUUUCCUCAGUUUUUGUUUUAGAGUUUCUGUCUUUUUUUCCCCUCUUUCUGUCAUUCCUUUUUUCUUUUUCUUUCUUUAAUUGUUUUUUUCCUCAGCUUUUGUUUUAGAGUUUCUGUCUUUCUGCUUUUAUUUCCUUUUCCAAAAUUCUACUUUUAUGCCUCUGUCUUCCUGCAUUUAUUUCUCGCCAUCAAAUUUCCUUUUAAAAAACAUUCUGGCUGCAUUUAUUUAUCUCCUUUCAUGUUUCCAUCCUUUCUUUCUCUCCCUGUUUCUGUCUUUAUUUCUAUUUCUGCCUAUUUUGCCAAAAAAAAAAAAAAAGUAAGAAAAAGGAAAAAAAAAGUAAAAAAUAAGAAAAAAGUGUCUUUCCCUAAUUCCUGGGGAAUUCCUUGCACAUCGCUGCCCCUGACUGUGCCCCGCUUGCUCCCGGCAGGGCGGCCGGGGCUGGCCCUGUGCGCGGGCUGCGGGGGCCGCAUCCAGGACCCCUUCCUGCUGCGGGUGUCGCCGGACCUGGAGUGGCACGUCGCCUGCCUCAAGUGCGCCGAGUGCGGGCAGCCGCUGGACGAGACCUGCACGUGCUUCCUGCGCGACGGCAAGGCCUAUUGCAAGCGGGACUACAGCAGGCUCUUCGGCAUCAAGUGCGCCCAGUGCCGGGCGGCCUUCAGCAGCAGCGACCUGGUGAUGCGCGCCAGAGACCACGUCUACCACCUGGAGUGCUUCCGCUGCGCCGCCUGCGGCCGCCAGCUCCUGCCCGGCGACCAGUUCUGCCUGCGGGAGCGCGACCUGCUCUGCCGCGCCGACCACGGGCCGCCCCCCGACGGUGCCGCCGCCGCCCGCGGGCCGCAGAGCCCCGCGCUGCCGCCGCCCGGCGCAGCGCACCUCGCAGAACCGGUGCCCGGGCGGCCGCCCCCCCCGCGGCCGCCGGCGCACAAGGCAGCGGAGAAGACCACCCGCGUGCGGACGGUGCUGAACGAGAAGCAGCUGCACACGCUGCGGACCUGCUACGCCGCCAACCCGCGCCCCGACGCCCUGAUGAAGGAGCAGCUGGUAGAGAUGACGGGGCUCAGCCCCCGCGUCAUCCGCGUCUGGUUCCAGAACAAGCGCUGCAAGGACAAGAAAAAGUCCAUUCUCAUGAAGCAGCUCCAGCAACAGCAGCACAGCGACAAGACGGUGAGCGCCCGCCCGCUCCGCAGGAGAGAGAGGUGGGAGGGGGGUCCCGGGCCGGUGGGCUUGGGCGGCAGCCGCGCUGAAGCCCCGUGUGCCCGCAGAGCCUGCAGGGCCUCACCGGGACGCCGCUGGUGGCCGGCAGCCCCAUCCGCCACGAGAGCGCCGUGCAGGGCAGCGCCGUGGAGGUCCAGACCUACCAGCCGCCCUGGAAAGCGCUCAGCGAGUUCGCCCUGCAGAGCGACCUGGAGCAGCCCGCCGCCUUCCAGCAGCUGGUCUCUUUCUCCGAGUCCGGCUCCUUGGGCACGUCCUCCGGCAGCGACGUGACCUCGCUGUCCUCCCAGCUCCCCGACACCCCCAACAGCAUGGUGCCCAGCCCGGCCGAGACGUGAGGCCGCCCGGCCGCCCGCCGCCGCGGGACUUCCGCAUGCCUGCGCUCCCUGCAUGAGACACCCGGCCCCGGGCCGCUCCCAGAGCGCCGGACAAACGCCUUUGUUUUUUAAUUAUUCUUAUUUAAAAACAAACAAAAAAUAUGUUACUGACGGCCAAAAAAGCACCAGGAUCCUCGCUGCCUUCACUAGACCGGAGAAAGAGCCCCCGCCCUGGUUAUUUCGUUAUUUUGGAUUUUUUCCCUGCGGAUUUCGAUGUUUCUUUCCCCCAAAGAAACGCGGAUUUCACCGCUGGAGCCCGGCACAGUGACAGGCUGCCUCUGCCGCCACUUUUGCC